AUGAUCGGUGAAGUUUUGCGCCUGUCGAUAAGCUCUAAAAAUUUUAACUCCUACGUCAUCGGGAGUGCGAGGGCGCACUUCCGACGCGGGAUUCCCUGCAAUGGGAGUGAAUCGGGUCGCCACUACCACGCGAACCGCGUGAGCAGCGUGCUGCGUGGCAGCGCUUUUUCGGAGUGUAAAGAUGGUACGCCUGCGGUUGUGAAUCUGCGCAGUUGCACUAUAAAAGACAUGCUUUUAACAACGCGGCGUGAGGAAUCCUCCUCGUCGGCCCUUACUGCUGGGUCAGAAGGCACACGGUGCGAGCGGGUCACGAAAGCGGUUGACGCGCUCCCAGCAGCGUCAAUCAGCUCUUGUGGAUACCCGCUCGCGCGCAUGACGGGAAUGCACCCGUCGAAACGUCCAGCGCUGAACGACGCGCUGAGGCUACGCCAUGCUUAUAGUUUCGCCACCCAUGCGGCUGCUGCAGACAAUGUGGAGUGCGGUCCCGGUAUUACCGCGCUAUGCUCCAAAAUCGAGGAGUUGUUGCGCGUGAAGUCGGAGCAGCUCGUGACGCUGCGUAAGGAGUUCGGAAAAGUCACCGUUGGCGAGAUUACGGUUUCGCAAGUUUUGGGCGGCAUGCGCGACAUCAUCGGCAUGAACUGCGAAACUUCUUUGCUGGACGCCAACCGCGGCAUCACCUAUCGUGGCCUGACCAUUGCGGAGCUGCUUGAGAAGUUGCCUGGCGCAACGGAGGGGAACAAUUGCCCGUAUUCCGAGGGGGUGAUGUGGCUACUCCUGACCGGGAAGAUCCCCGCCGCCAGCGAGACCAAGACUCUCUCGGCCGAGCUUGGCAGGCGCGCCUAUGUGCCCAUGCACGUAUUUAAGGUGAUCGACCAGCUGCCGACUGACGUCCAUCCCAUGACCCAGUACGUGGCGGCCGUGGCGGCCCUGCAGUCGGAAUCCAAAUUCCGCAAGGUCUACAACGAGAAGAAGUACUGCAAGGAAACAGCCUGGAGGCUUGUUUUGGACGAUUCUUUGAAUCUGAUUGCCGCGAAUCCUUUGAUUGUCGGCUACAUCUACAGGAGAACGUUCGUCGACCACACCAUCAAGGACGGCAAGGGGAUGACCUAUGACCCCGAGCUCGACUACGCCGCGAACCUGGCGAAAUUGAUCGGAAUCGAUACCCCGGAGUUCAGGGACAUGAUGCGUCUAUACAUUGCGGUGCAUGCGGACCAUGAGGGUGGGAACGUUUCCGCGCACACCGCCCACCUGAUCGGCUCUGCGUUGGCAGACCCCUAUUUCUGCUUCGCCGGCGCACUCACCGGAUUGUCUGGCCCAUUACACGGGCUGGCGAACCAGGAGUGCCUUUCGUGGGUGAACAACAUGGUGAAGGAGAUGCGCGGUCAGGAAAUCAACGUUGAGACCGUGACCAAAUUCGCCAAGGAUACUCUGGCUAAGGGGCAGGUGAUCCCCGGUUACGGGCAUGCGGUGCUCCGUGUGGAGGACCCCCGUCACACAGCGUUUGUGAAGUUCGCGCACAAGCAUUUCCCCGAUGACCCGCUCGUCAAGAUCCUCGACGUCUGCCUUGAGGCGAUCCCGCCCGUGCUUAUGGCGACCGGAAAGAUCAAGAGCCCGCAUCCAAACGUCGACUGCUCCACCGGCAUCAUCCUGUCCCACUUCGGCAUUAAGGAGCCUGACAUGUACACCGUCUUCUUCGGCAUAUCGAGGGCCAUCGGUAUAUUGGCGCAGCUGGUGUGGGCGCGUGCCCUGAAAAUGCCCAUCGAGCGUCCCAAAUCCCACACACUGGACAGCUUACUUGAGAUGUGCAAGUAA